AGAUUUUAUUAGGUUUUACGUUAAAAUAAUACAUUUUCUUCAAAUUUACAAUUGAGUAAUUGAUUUGAUAUUUUUUAAUAAUGGAUUUAGUACAAAAAACUCAAGCCUUCUUGAUUCCUUAUAGGAGCUAUGUACUUAUUCUGACAGUUGACAGGAGUGAAAGCUUUAAACAAAUGAAAUCAUUUAACUUAAGGAAUUGAACUGAUGUGUCUACGUGACUUUUUUAAUUUAGAAAAAACCGUAUCGUUUAAUAGUUAGUUCAUAAAGUAAUGGAUGAAAACGAAUUCGCACAUAGAGCAAGAAAAAGAAUAAAAGAAGUUAAAAGAAAAGCUAGGCCAGAAUUAAACACAAAGGAGUCAUGGAAGCAGUUAGGAUUUGCAUCAGAUUUUGAAAGAUUUAAAAACUUUAUAGACAACUGUGAGAGAAUAAAUCAAGAUACUACUUCUCAGCGAGAAUUUAUUUCCAAUUAUGAACUUCCAUAUAAGCCAGUAGUAAUCACAGGCUGCCAAAAUGGAUGGAAAGCUCGUGAUAAAUGGACUUUAGAAAAAUUAGCUAGAAAAUACCGAAACCAAAAAUUUAAAUGUGGCGAAGACAAUGAAGGAUAUAGUGUAAAAAUGAAAAUGAAGUAUUACAUACACUAUAUGCAAAAUACAAAAGACGAUAGUCCUCUAUAUAUAUUUGACAGCAAUUUUGGAGAGCAUAGGAGAAGAAAGAAAUUACUUCAAGACUAUGAAGUUCCAUAUUAUUUUCGUGAUGAUCUUCUGAAGUAUUCUGGGGAAAACAAAAGACCUCCGUAUAGAUGGUUUGUAAUGGGACCAGCUAGAUCAGGAACAGGAAUUCAUAUCGAUCCUCUUGGUACUAGUGCUUGGAAUGCCCUAGUAUCAGGACACAAAAGAUGGUGCCUAUUCCCAACUCAUACUCCCAAGGAUAUCCUAAAAGUGACACUUCCAGUUGGAGGAAAACAAAGAGAUGAAGCAAUUACUUGGUUUAACAUAAUUUAUCCUAAAACCCAGAAGCCAAGUUGGCCUCAAAAUUGUAAACCAAUUGAAAUUUUGCAAAAACCGGGUGAAACAGUAUUUGUGCCGGGUGGUUGGUGGCACGUAGUAUUAAAUUUAGAUACAACAAUAGCAGUUACGCAAAAUUUCUGCAGCAGAACAAACUUUCCUGUAGUGUGGCAUAAAACUGCAAGAGGAAGGCCAAAACUUUCUAGAAAAUGGUUGAGAACUUUGAGAGAAAAAGACCCAAAUUUAGCUGCUUUAGCUGAUCGAAUUAAUUUAGAGAAACCGUCUGGAGUAGCUUCAGAUAGCUCUAGCAACUCUUCUUCAAGUUCUAGUUCAGAAUCUGAUAGUUCAAAUUCUGAAGAUGACGAUAGUGGACAGGAAAGUAUUACAGCCAAAAAGAAGAAAAGGAAAUCAGAUUUCGAUAUUGAGGAUAAUAGAAAAGUUUGUCCAAGACUGAGUAACAAUGUUCCAUCCUCGUGGAUAAAUGAGUCUUCCAUUUAGCUAUUGAUUGCAGGAAAUGAAUCUAAAUUGUCAAGUGUGUAAGGAUAAAUACUCACGCCUUUGCCUUCGUACCAUUUUAUAAUCAGAGUUUUCCCAUGUGGACAUAUUUUCUUACUAAUUUGAUGCAAAACCAGGUAUUAUUUUGUACAUGAUAACAAAGUUGAAUAAAUAAAUAUAUUAA